GUUGUCUGUGGCGGCCGGAAGUAGGUCUGUUAGGGUGUGGAGGUAAACGGACGGGUCAGUUUUUCUCCGAACACGUUGUCAACAAUGCCUCGACCCAGAAGAGCGGGCAACAUGGACUCUCUGGCGGGCUUCAGGAAGGACGAGCCGGAGCCCAGUGUCCCCUACGGUCUGCUGAAGGCAGCAAGGGGGAGCGGUCAGCUCAACCUGUCCGGCCGAGGGCUCACUGAAGUCCCUCAGAACGUGUACCGUCUAAACAUUGACACACCAGAAGAGGCGCAGCAGAACGUCGGCUUUGGAGCAUCAGACCGCUGGUGGGAACAGACUGACCUCACCAAACUUCUGCUCUCAUCCAAUAAGCUCACACAGCUGUCUGAUGAUAUCCGACUUCUGCCUGGACUCACUACACUGGAUCUCCAUGACAACCAGCUGAACAAUUUACCCAGCGCUCUUGGAGAACUGCAGGAGCUGCAGCAGCUGAGACUCAGUCAUAACCAGCUGACAUCACUGCUGGUUGAAGUGUGUACUCUGAAGAACCUCCGUUGCCUCACAAUGCAGCAGAACCUACUGGAGAACCUGCCAGAGGAACUGGGGCAACUGGAGAACCUGACUGAGCUGGACCUCUCCAACAACCAUCUGAAGGAGCUGCCGUCCAGCCUGGGUCGUCUCACCUGCCUGCAGAAACUGAACCUGUGUAACAACAAGCUCAGCUGUCUGCCCGACAGUCUGGGCAGGCUCUCAAAUUUGAAACUGUUGGACUGCAGCAAAAACCAGCUGACUGACAUCCCUGCCAGCCUAUCAGAAAUGCUCGCCCUGGAGCAGCUCUACCUCAGACACAACAAGCUCUGCUUCUUACCAAAGCUCCCAGCACCUGCGCUCAAGGAGUUGUAUGUUGGUAACAAUCAGAUCGAGCAGUUGGAGACAGAUCAGCUGACCUGCCUGGCAGCCAUCUCUCUCCUGGAACUCAGAGACAACAAGAUCAAAACCCUGCCUGAACAGAUCACCUUACUGAGCACGCUCACACGCCUCGACCUCACCAAUAAUGACAUCAUCACUCUUCCAGCAUCACUCAGCUUACUGCCCAAUCUGACGGUGUUACUGCUGGAAGGAAACCCUCUGCGAGGAAUCAGGAGAGACCUACUCACUAAAGGAACCAAUGAGCUUCUGAAAUAUUUAAGGGGAAGAAUUAAAGAGGAGCCUGAGAAACCAGAUGAUGGACAAACUGCCAUGACGUUACCCAGCCAGGCCAUCGUCAAUGUACAUAACAUCAAAACUCUCAAGGUAUUGGCAUACAGUGAGAAGCAGGCAGCUGUUAUUCCAGAUGAGCUGUUUGAUACUGCAGCAGAACAAGGUGUUGCCACUGUUAACUUCAGCAAGAACCAGCUGACCUCCAUACCUCCCAGGCUGGUGGAGUUCCACUCGUCACUGUCAGACAUCAAUCUGGGUUUCAACAGACUGACCUGCUGUUCUCCUGACAUCUGCAAGUUACUGCAGCUGACCCACAUCGACCUCAGGAACAAUCAGCUCACUGAUUUAGCACCUGAUAUGAAGAACUUAACCAAACUACGCUCCAUUACCCUCAAUUGCAACAGGUUCAAGUCCUUCCCUGAAGUCCUCUAUCAGAUUGCGUCCUUGGAGACAGUGUUGCUUGGUAACAACCAGGUGGGUGGGGUGGACCCUAGUCGCCUGAUGAAGUUGGUUAAUCUGUCAACGCUGGAUCUGUCAAACAAUGACCUCCUUAACAUCCCCCCUGAACUGGGCCUCUGCUCCAGCCUCAGGUGUCUCAGUCUGGAGGGGAAUCCUUUCCGCACACCCAGAGCAGCCAUCAUGGCCAAAGGAACGGAUUCAGUGUUGGAGUAUCUCCGCAGCCGCAUACCUACAUGACUACCUGAGCUCAGCUCAAUCAAUUUCAAUCAGUUUUGAUUUUUAAUUUGCUUCAAUCAACAAUCUGAAGGCUCUUUAUAAAAUGCAAUCCAUGUUACAAAAAAGUAAGCAUGACUAAGCACUUCUCUAAUAAAAUUG